CAUAGCGUCCAUAAAAGGAGGCUCUCCCGUGCUGGUUUCUCCAUCAUUCAUCAGAUUAAUCUUCUUUACUUCUUUCAUCGGCUUCAUAUUUCUCUCUCAAGAUGCAGAUCUUCGUGAAAACCCUAACCGGAAAGACCAUCACUCUUGAGGUCGAGAGUUCCGACACAAUCGACAACGUAAAAGCCAAAAUCCAGGACAAAGAAGGAAUUCCCCCAGAUCAGCAAAGGCUUAUCUUCGCCGGCAAGCAGCUUGAGGACGGCCGUACCCUCGCCGAUUACAAUAUCCAGAAGGAGUCUACCCUUCACUUGGUCCUCCGUCUCCGAGGUGGGAUGCAGAUCUUCGUCAAAACCCUCACCGGCAAAACAAUCACCCUUGAGGUCGAAAGUUCUGACACCAUCGAUAAUGUCAAGGCCAAAAUUCAGGAUAAGGAGGGAAUUCCACCAGACCAGCAGAGGUUGAUCUUCGCCGGCAAGCAGCUCGAGGAUGGCCGUACCCUCGCCGAUUACAACAUCCAGAAGGAGUCUACCCUUCACCUUGUCCUCCGUCUCCGUGGUGGUAUGCAGAUCUUCGUCAAAACCCUCACAGGCAAGACCAUCACCCUUGAGGUCGAGAGUUCUGACACCAUCGACAAUGUCAAGGCCAAAAUUCAGGAUAAGGAGGGCAUUCCCCCAGACCAGCAGAGGUUGAUCUUCGCUGGCAAGCAGCUCGAGGAUGGCCGUACCCUAGCUGAUUACAACAUCCAGAAGGAAUCGACCCUUCAUCUUGUCCUCCGUCUCCGUGGUGGUAUGCAGAUCUUCGUCAAAACCCUCACCGGCAAGACCAUCACCCUGGAGGUUGAAAGUUCUGACACUAUUGACAACGUCAAGGCCAAGAUCCAGGACAAGGAGGGGAUUCCCCCAGACCAGCAGAGGCUGAUCUUUGCAGGAAAGCAGUUGGAAGAUGGUCGCACCCUUGCAGACUACAACAUUCAAAAGGAGUCCACCUUGCACUUGGUGCUGAGGCUGAGGGGAGGAAUGCAGAUCUUCGUGAAGACAUUGACUGGGAAAACCAUCACCUUGGAGGUGGAGAGCUCUGACACCAUCGACAAUGUAAAAGCUAAGAUCCAGGACAAGGAGGGUAUCCCACCGGACCAGCAGAGGUUGAUCUUUGCUGGGAAGCAGCUCGAGGAUGGAAGGACCUUGGCUGACUACAAUAUCCAGAAAGAGUCAACCCUUCACCUUGUCCUCCGUCUCCGUGGUGGUUUCUAGGUUGCCUGUUGGUGAUGUCGUUGUGUUGUGUUGAUUGGCUGUGUCUGUUUCUAGUUGUGGUUGUAUGUGCUUUGUCUAUUGAGGUCUCGAAGUCGUUCUAUUCUGUUUCUGUUCGCUUUUCUUUUUAUGUUCUCUGUUGUGAAUAAAGAUUCUGAAUUCUGUCCUAAUGUCUAGUUUUUGUGCUCUUUGUUGGCAGUAAAUGAACUUUCCUUUAUUUUA